AUGACGAGCCUUAGAUCAAAUACCAAGAACCUUCUGCACAUUGACAUAUCCAACACCCUAACGAUCCUCAGGUUACUGGAAGGAGUGCUCUCCGUCUACACUUCGGCCGUGAUGCUGAGGGCAUGCGAAUUACUACAAUGGUCUCUUUCUAGCAGGAGGGACGGUGUUGAUGCACUGCGCUUGCUCGGACUUUCGCCAACGACGGGCAUUCUUGGAAAAAUCGGUCUUACCUUCAGCAAACACGCUUCCUGGAAGGAUCGAUUGGCCGCAAGUACGAGAAUUGGGCUGUCGAGUGCGGUUUGGAUUUCCGGGGUCGUAUUGUUCGCGCGGACGCAACUAAAGGUGGUAUAUGACUCCGUAAGCACUUAUAACGUCACGGCCGGUGUCGGCCAGUUCAAUGGAUCAUACAUACCCGAGUACCUGCAGCAAUACCAGCAAACAAACACUGGUUACGAAUUCGUCGUAUUGCCAUAUUCAACCGUGGUCACAGCAUCAAACCUAGUUGUCAACCCGAUGCAUGCAACAGCCAUAGAUCCAGCGACGUGUGAAGGUGGCAUGGUCUGCAAUGCAUACCUGAUAUCGGGCGGUUUGAUCAUGACAACACCAUGGCCACCAACAAAUUAUCCGUUGUAUCCAGUGGUGACAAUCCCAGGCGUUCCAUCACUACAGGUCGACUUUGUCCGAGGGAUACACAAUGACACAUUCAUCGAUUCUACGGAUUGCCAGGUAUUUGGUCAACAAGGGUUUCUGAUCGGCAUCAAAUUCUGUCUCGCACGGAGCCAGUCGGCGGUGGGUUCAUUAUUCGCAGGCAUUUUUGUUUGCACUCAAGGAAUAGUCGGGAAUGAAUGCUGGACAGAACCGAAACCGCCGGAAGUCACCACAACCUUCUCGAUCCACCGCCGUCUUGCCUCAGUAACAACCGCGAGAUCUAAUUUCUCGAUUCUCUCCAUCGACGAGAUCACCGAUCCCAUGCAAGACACCGAUCUUGAUGUUGAAGGGCUCAAAAAUGCGUUUGCAUGGCUCUUUAAUUUCAGCGCAGCAGGAAUCCCUGCCCCCGCUUCCAUUGCGCAAUACUUCUGGACAGUUCAGGACCAGUUGGAAAGUGAAUAUUGGUCUAUUGAGCCGUAUCAGACCUUCCACAGUAUCUUAGCCUUCCCGUUUUGGCUGUUCAAUCCCAAUAACUUCGGAAACGUUCAGCUGGAAGCAAGAAACAUUGUGGCGGGGCUGCCACCUGAGUUUUACACGAACGCCUCGAUUGGUGCUCCUUAUGAAAAAAUAGUCGUCGAUCGGUAUGGCCCCACUGCUUCAUUGUAA